AUGCUCCUCCUUCUUCUUCUGCUUCUACUUCUGCUUCUGCUUCUGCUUCUGCACUUUGUUUCAAACAAGCCUAGCGUUGCAGCCGCUGCACCGCCUGCUGACAUGCGACUAAACGCCAGUGCACGCCGACCAAGAUUGCCAGGGCUUGUCUCCAUUCCCGCCCUGGCAUUCGGCCACUUGUCUCGUACUUACAUGGUCCUGCUCGGCUCACAGACCGACGAAUGCGGGGCUGCUAGCAGCGAUCCUGUCAGACCCAUCUCCCGUCCUCCCACCCGUCCUGGUGAACAGUCGCCGACAUCAUGUCGACUCAUGUUGGAGACAGGUUGCGUGGUUGCCAUGCUCCAAUGUGCGACGUUUUGCUGGCAAUCACCCCACGGUCUCCCUUGUUACAUUGGACAAGGGACGGACGGUCUUGUCCCUCCGAUCCAUACUAACCCAAAAUCCCCCCUGGUGCCAUGGCGUACAUACUUACUUACUGCUUCGAUACCUGCCGUCCUAGCCAUGUGCGCAAAAGUCUUGGCUCCUCGUGUCCAAGAUUCUCUUGUGCCCCCUCUGAUUGCCUCAGCAAGACUCUCCGCACGCAGUCUCAAGAUCGACACCCGCUCUCGCUUACUACGGCCUAACCUUGCGGCUUUACUCAGCCCGGUCGCAACAGGGGUACCAAGCAGAUCCUCCCAUUAG